AAUCCUUUUGAGAAUAUGAACUAUUUUCUUGAUUGAAAUCAACUCCCAUAGGGAGUUAUUCCAGGCUUUGCAAUGGCUACCUGACAUGCCGAUUUGAGCAAGACCGAGAAAGUUGUGAAGCCAUCAAAUUCACGUAUUGACUUAUCACCGAGAAACUGUGACCCCGUAUUCGAAUACCUCAAGCAAAGCAUGGCCAAGACCGAUCGACCGGCGGAAUUGUUUGGGGCUUGGGAGCGAGACAACAUCGGGGACCUGGCAUCUCUGUUUCCCUCGUCGAAAAUGAACGGCUUUGAGAAGGACAAGGAGCUCAGCGAUUUGUUAGACUUUAGUGCGAUGUUCACGCAACCGAAUGGGUCGAAGUUGAGCUCGAGCGCUACGGAGAAUGGCUUGCACAGUCCUCUACAGUCGUCGAGUCGUACAGCGAAUCUCGAAGACGGAGGCCGCACGUGGCAGAGCAGUCCGACAUUAACUACUGUCGGGGGAUUCGAGCAGAGAGGUUUCGGAUCAGAGAAUCCCUUAGAUCCAUUAGAAGAUGACUCGGACUACAUAGCGAGAAAGAGCUCCUAUCCUUUUACAAAUUCUGCAUCAAUUGGCAGUGCAGGAUUUGGCGAUUCGUCGAACGGCCCACCUGGUCUCCCUCCUCCAUUGCAAAGUCAACAAGAUGUUUCGUUGGGUACCAGUCCUUCUGACUGGAGAAGAAAAAAAUAUAAAAAUUCAAGCAAGAAUGAAGGAUCACUUUUAUCAACGGUCUAUUCGCCAGGCGCCGACGACAUGAUGGCUCAAGGACCUGGGGAAGCUUCUCAAUAUCCAACGAAACAUCCACUGUACUCUGAUAUUUAUUACGGAGGUGCAGAUCAUGGUUCUCCCGACCCGUGGUCUCAUCCUAACAGCAUUGGUCCAACCUCUACGACCUAUAACCCGACAAGUGGACUGGCGCCUACGUAUGGACUCUACAGCCACCAUGGUCCUCAUCAUGAACCUAUUACGUAUAUGGGCAGAGAAGCGUAUGAAAGGAUGGCCACACUACCACCUAUGUCCUCGUUUCAUCAAGAUCAACGGUUUCAUCACGCGUCCCCAGUCCCUUCACCGUUAACCAGCACCGAUCCUUCUGUCCUGGCUCAGGUCAGUCGAAGUGGAUCAGGUUCACAAGCUAUUGGAAAAGCUUUAGCAUCGAUUUACUCUGAUUCCCCGACGAAUUAUUCCUCCAACCCCCCGACACCUAUUGCUUCCCCUCCGCCAUUAACAAGUAUCAACGAUCGGCCGUUAUCUGCUGGUUCUUCAAGCUCAGCUCCAGGCACCUGGCCUCGUCCGAAUCUUCAGGCGAUGCCAUCACCCCCCGGUCCAUAUGAAAGCCACCUGCAUUCACUGCAGAGCCGUAUGGAAGAACGACUUGAUGACGCCAUUUACGUAUUACGUAAUCACGCUGAAGGUCAAUUCCCUCGAGAAUUCCAUGGACCAAUGGGAGCCCCGGUUGGAGUGCCCGGGUAUCCGGCAGGUUCGGUUCCAAGCUCUCUAUCUGGAAACACAUCCUCAGCAGCCGAUACUGUGUCUAAUUCUGCCGAUGACAGAAGAGGCAUAUCAUCAUCUGGUGGUAACAGGAACUCCAGACUGUCCGACUCAGGCGGUUCUAAAAGUUCCAAGAAGCAAGCAUCGGGUUCGACGAGUAAUGCGGAGGUGACGACACUCACGACAGCAGAUGGAGAGCCGGGAGGAGGUAGCGAGGGGAGUGGUGAUGAGGAUCUGGGUCUGGAUGAAGAUAUAGAGGAAGGUCAUACUGGUGGAAAACAAGUACGAGAGACCGAACGAAGAUACGCUAAUAAUGCUAGGGAAAGACUAAGAGUCCGGGAUAUUAACGAAGCAUUCAAAGAGCUUGGUAGAAUGUGUCAGAUGCAUUUACAGAGUGAUAAACCACAGACAAAGCUGGUCGUACUUCAUCAAGCAGUGUCUGUAAUUACCAGCUUAGAAUCUCAAGUUAGAGAACGUAAUCUCAAUCCAAAAGCAGCGUGUCUGAAACGCCGGGAAGAGGAGAAGGUGGAUGACGAAUUACCAGAAAAACGACUUGCACCUAGCGAUUUAGAUAAACCUUACGAUCACGUGGGCCUGUCUCCGGGUGGCGGCCCUAUGAGAGGCGGGGGAAACAGAGCGAGGCGAGGGCGAAGGUCAUCAAGAGGUGGAUGUGGUGACGUAUGAUU